GGUCAGACGAAUCACGUAUUUUCAGAGAGCUAUAACUUGAAAACGGUCGAUGGUAGACAGAUGUUUACCAUUAUCAACUUCCAGGAAGUGCCAUAUGGGCUUUCAUUUGCCACCAUGACCUAUGACCUUGAAUGACAUUGAAAUGUCAAGGUCAUGGAUUUUCAAUUUAACGGAUAUUUUUAGAAUUGCAUGUACAUGUUUUGUUCUCACAUGGAUGUGUUAAAAUUAGCUGAAGUACUUUCACCAUUAUGGACUUCACUGUUCUUUCAGCAGAUCAAAGCCCCACCUCAGAAAUGUCAUGACAUCAUAGCUCAGUCUCUUGUCAUGUAUUAAUACACGCAGUCUUCUUUCACAAGCAAUCAUUCUUGGACUGAGGAAACGUUGCCAUGAAUAACUCCAGCAAGCCAACCACGGACAACUUCUCUGAAUACGACAGCCUAGUUCCAGGUGUUUACGAGCCCCUCAUCUGCAACAACAGCAAUGUAAUGGAUUUUAGCCAAGUCUUCCUCCCUACAGUCUACAGCAUUGUCUUCAUUGUGGGGUUCAUUGGCAAUGGCCUGGUGUUGUGUGUCCUGGUCAAGUAUCACAAACCAUUCAACAUGUCAGAUCUGUGCCUCUUCAACCUGGCCAUUUCAGACCUCCUCUUCCUUAUCUCAUUGCCUUUCUGGGCCGACUACGCUGCCAAAUCUUAUUGGGCAUUCCCAGAGUUCAUGUGCCAUGCAGUGACAGCACUCUACAUGCUGGGCUUCUAUGGAAGUAUCUUCUUCAUGAUCCUCAUGACGGUGGACCGCUACGCUGUCAUUGUCCACACUUAUACCUCCCUCAUCUCCAAGUUCCGCUCUGUCAGAGCUAGCAUAGCGCUAGCUUUGUUUGUGUGGACACUGAGCUUGGUAGCCUCUCUGCCAAACAUAAUUAUCUCAAAUGUGAGUAAUGUAUCAAAUGUAUCAGUAUGCAGUGUGACAGAUCCAAGGAACAUAUGGAAGCCAUUCCAUUACAUUGAGCUGAACAUCCUUGGUUUUAUUAUUCCUCUCUUAGUGAUGCUGUUCUGCUACUCGCGUAUCAUCCCCAUCUUAAUGACCAUGAAUUCUCAGAAGAAACACAAAGCUGUCAGGCUCAUGGUCGUCAUAGUCACUGUUUUCUUCCUCUUCUGGACACCCUACAACAUUGUCAUCUUCCUGAAGCUCCUGCAAGCACUGGGCUACAUGACCAGCCAUCAUUGCAAUCAGGACAUGCACAUGGCUGUACAGUGGGUGGAAUCCAUAACAUUCUUUCACUGCUGCCUCAACCCCAUAAUUUAUGCCUUUGUGGGGCAGAAAUUCAGAAAUUUAUUUCAAAAGAUGCUGAAAGAGUGGUUUCCUCUUUGCUUUGGCCAUUGCACAACAGUUGAAAGCAAGUCGUCAGAGAGGAUGACCUCUAAGUACUCACGCGCCUCAAUGAUUUCCAGCAUAAAGACAAAAUUAAAAGUGUAACUGUUAUCGCUUGUUAUCUCCGAAGCCUAUUUCAGUUUAUAAAAAGACCAUAAUACUUUGAUUUUCCCAUUUUUUUUUUACAUUAGGUUGGUGACUGUUUUAUAUGGUUUAUACUUGCUUUCUAUAAUUAGUUCAUUUUCAUCUAAUUGUGCACAUAUUGCCUACAAGUAACAAGCCCAUUUGCAUAAUAAUCGAAGAAUGUCACCAAUUAUAUGAGCAUUAAAUCUUAAUUUAUAAAUAAAAUGUUAAACAAACAUUUAUUGACAGAAAACUUCAGCAUAUCAAUAAUUAGACACAUUCAUCUUUGUAAAAUAACAUUUUCCUCCAAACAAGUCUAUGUAUAAAUUGUUACAGAAAAUUAAUUAACCACUUCUGACCAAUUAGAUUAAUUCAGUAGCACUCUGGUAUGAAUCAUGACAAAGGAUGAUUCCUUUUUUUUUUUUUUUAUUUGGUGGGUGCUUUAUUGUCCUGACUUAUCAUUCUGUGCUGAAAAAAGUCAAGUGAAUAAAUAAACCCAAGAUGUUCAAAAAUUGUAUUUCACAAGACAUGAUUAAUAAUGGCUACUUUAUAUACGUGUUGUCUUUGUUUUAAACUGUCCUGAUUUUAAGCAAAUAAGGCUUGAUUAAAAGAAAAAAAAGAGCUGCUGAUAUUUUUCUAUGUUCAGACAGCAAUUUGGAUACAUAUUUGUUGUAAACUUUUAUCUUGGUCAUGGACAUGUAUGGUCAAUACAAGAUGUUAUGAAAAAAAGUUGAUUGAUGCUGAUGAUUUGUGCAUAGUAUGACAUUUGGUCUUCAAGAACAAUACUCUCUAUAUAUUUUAAAUGGUAGGUUACUAGCUCCUCUUUAAAAUAUGGAAGUGCUAUACUUUUUGCUGUUCAGUUCUGUAGUUAUGAUUGUGCCUCUUUGGAAUGGUUAAAUUUACUUUUCACUGUCAUGAUAUAAUAUCUAGUAUGAUCACAGCAUGCAACUGAUGUAUGAGAGUGGCUGUGAUAACUGUGAUAAAUUGUCUGCUAAUCCCAUAUAGGCAUGGUGUUUUCUGCAAGGGUGACACUAUUUUUCCCGAAUGUGUUGGACAAUGUUAUGCACCUUCUCUAAAUUAUAUCGCACCUCUUAAUUUGAA